AUGACCGAAAAGGAAAAACUUGAAUUUUGCGAACAUCGAGUGCUACUCAAGGUAGACCCUCAUGCAAAAACUGCUGGAGAGAAUAAGGCAGCCAACGCACUUUCUUCAAGAUUGAGUACUCAAACAACCACGCCUUCAAAUAACAGCUUGUUCCCACAAACAGUCAUUGACCCAUCUUCACCAUCUCAUGUCUUCUCUAGCUUCAAUAGACAGGACCAGCCUUCUUUUCUAUUUAUGUCCAAUACGGACUGGAUGAACAAUAACGUCUUUUUCAAUAGCGAUAAUAAUGGACUUAUCGACUCAACUCAGGAAACAACGUCAACGCAUGUAUCAUUUAUGCAUAAAAAACCAGCUUUUCAACCUAAUCCCACUACUUUUGCAAAUAAAGGUGCUUUUCAGUCAUUUAAUUUGCCUUCCACAAAGCCUAUGGAGGAUAAAAAGAGCGAGGAAACGAUAGCCACAGUAAAAUCAGCACAUAUGAUUCCCAUGGGGACCCCAAGCUCUCCUUCUUCCAUGAUCAGUACGCCAAGUUCGGCUACAAUUGAAAUUUCUAGCAACAAUGGAAAUAAGGUGAAGUCUACGAGAGUUCCCGAACAAACAAUCAACACCCCCACAAGAAACAAAUUGACCAUCCAUGGCGAUAAUGUGACAGCAGCAAAUAUUGCAGAAGGUUAUAUUCAAUUUGUCCUGAGCCAUGAUGAGAGUUAUAUAGGAGAUGGUAUCGAGAGUUUGGUCUAUGCUAAACGCAAGUUUUGCUCGGUUCCCAAGACUGCCGAUAUCACUUAUUCUACUUGGGAUAUCUAUCAACUUGUACUUAAGUUGCAUAGACGAGAGAUCAAAAAUUGGUCUCAAUUAGUGGGUCAGUUGGGUUUACAAGACAUGACAGGUCGUCCUCAAUUUGCACAGCGUGUUAAGCGUUGGAUGCAUCGUUACAAAAUCGAUUGUUAUUUUGACUAUUUACUUGGUAAUAAGUAUGACUUUCAUUCACCUAAUGGGAAAUACUCGGGUUGUUUGACAAUGGGAAAUUAUAAAAAGAAAGAUACAGUUGUUAAUUCAAAUACCAAGUCAGAUGAGGAAGAAUUGGAUGAGAGUACAGAUCAAGAACACCGUAUACCUAUCUUGCUGGCAGGAAGUCGGAAACGCAUGCGAGAUCAUAGUCAAAAUAGUACUCAAAUGAUUGAAAAUGCACAAAAAUAUCUUAGACCCAACCAAAGUGAAUCAGAAGAAGAAGAAGAAGAAGAAGAAGAUAUGACAAUGGAAGAUUCAAUGAAUAAAGAAGAAUACAGCGACGGAGAUGAAAGCGAUAUGGAGCAUGAUCAUAGACAAGAUACAAAACAAGAAAAACAAGAAGAAGAGGAAGAGGAAGAGGAAGAGUUUGCAGACGAAGAAGAUGAACUGGCAUCAUCUUCUAGUUCACCCUCUUCACCUGUACGAAUUAUUAUACCAUCACCCAAGAUAACCAACAAACCGUUACACACAAAGUCAUUGGUGCCCCAUUCUCCUGUACAAUCUACAACAGCAACACUUGUGAAAACUUCUUUAUUACCUUCUUUACCACCAUUGUCUUCUUGCUCAAACUGUAAGACACAAGAAAGCAAGUUUCAAGCACUAGAGAAAGAAAUUGAAAGGCUUAAGCAACAUAUUGUUCAGAUUGAAUCCAAGGCCGAGAAACAAAACAACCAAAUGAACAGAUUAUUGAGACAAAGAGAUCGAACAGAGCGAUGGAGAAAGCAAAUUAUAGCUGAUUUGGCUAGAGGGCCUUUGAUAGCCUCUGAUGACGAUGAUGAAGACGACGAAGAGAAUAAUGAUUCUACUUCAGACGACGGAGGAUUAUAGACAUUUGAUUGCUUGUAUUUUUUUUAUUUGUAAAUAGUAUCUGAUAAUAGUAAAUAACCCAAACAUCUUCUUUAUAUACCC